UUUUUAGCUAGUGAUGUAACUUCUAUAUACUUAGUUUGUUAUAUGUAACAGUCAGAGUGACAUAGCAUCAACUUUUCGCUUAACUUAAUGUUAUUAUUUCGUUAUUGACGAUCAAUACUUAAAUUGAGUGUGAGAACUAUAAUACACUACAAUAGCGCAUACAAACGGUCGAUAAUACUAUUGAAGCUAUAAGUACGUCUCCUCGCAAUUAACUACAAUUACUGAUUCAAGAGGAUGGAUAUAAGUGUUAUUAUUGUUUUCUUUGUGUGCUUAGUAAAUGUAGAACCCAAACUAUCAAGACAAGAAGUGCUGAAGAAUUUGAUGAACAACACAACAUAUGAUGCAACUAUUGCUCCAGACUUUGAAAAAGAUCACCCUACUAAUGUCACAAUUCAGAUCAAGUUAACUAAUUUACAUUCAGUCAGUGAGAUUUCGAUGGAUUUUUCAAUUGACAUAUUUCUAAGGCAAAAAUGGGUCGACGAGAGGCUGUCAUUUGAACAUUUAACAGAUGACAAAUCACUAGAGCUGGAUCAAAAAGUAAUGGAUAAGAUAUGGGUACCAGAUACUUAUUUUGCAAAUGAAAAGAGAGGAUUAUUCCAUGAUAUUACUGUUCCGAAUAAAAUGAUGCAUCUUUUCCGAAAUGGCACUGUUUUCUAUAGCUUGAGGGUUGGAUUAACUCUCAGUUGUGUUAUGGAUUUGUCCAAAUAUCCAUUGGAUUCACAGACAUGUCCUAUACAGAUAGAAAGUUAUGGAUAUACCGUUGACAAUGUCAAAUUUAAUUGGGAACCCAUAGAACCAAUCGAAUUUGAUGAAAAAGAACUUGCACAGUUUACUCUUUUUGACGAAUAUGAUAUUAAAAGCUGUUUUAGGCGUACUAAUACAACUGGAGAGUUUGCAUGUCUGUUAGCCGAACUGCAUCUUCAAAGGAACAGGGGAUAUUAUAUCAUACAAAUUUUUGUUCCCAGCAUUCUUAUUGUCACGUUGUCAUGGGUAUCAUUCUGGUUGGAUAUUGAUGCUAUUCCAGCACGAAUCUCUCUUGGUGUGCUUACCGUUCUCACCAUGACAACACAAAGUGCCGGUGCACGCGAAUCUUUACCAAAAGUAUCAUAUGUUAAGGCCAUAGAUGUCUGGAUGUCAGUAUGUUUAAUCUUUGUGUUUGCUUCAUUGCUGGAAUUUGCAUACGUCAACGUCCAAGCAAGACGAAAAAGCAAAGAAAAUUCUACAGAUAAGAAACAUUUCUGUCGUAGUGAUAGUGUACUGACAGACAGAGUAAAGGCCCGACAAGUAGACAAACUAUCAAGAAUUAUAUUCCCAUUGUCAUUUAUUAUAUUUAAUUUAGUGUUUUGGAUUUAUUACUUGGUUUAGUAAAUAGAUUUUUCAUUAUCCAUUUAACAUUCCAUGUUACAUUGAAAACGGUGCCAAAGAUGACGAGAAAGAUUAAAAUGAAAAUAUAGGUGUGUAAAACUGUGAUACUUUGCUAUAAUUUAUUUGCACUUUUGUAUACAAUUAAAUUCA